CUCAAACACAAGAAGAAACGCCUGGUGCAGAGCCCCAAUUCCUACUUCAUGGAUGUGAAAUGCCCAGGAUGCUAUAAAAUCACCACGGUCUUUAGCCAUGCACAAACGGUAGUUUUGUGUGUUGGCUGCUCCACUGUCCUCUGCCAGCCUACAGGAGGAAAAGCAAGGCUUACAGAAGGAUGUUCCUUAAGGAGGAAGCAGCACUGAAAGCACUCUGAAUCAAGAUGAGUGGGAAACCAUCUCAAUAAACGCAUUUUGGAUUAAA